UGUGUUACAGUAUGGAUUUGAUGCAAUGAUAGAAGGUCAGGAAACGCUUCGCUAAACUUAGCAAUAAAACAUGAUUGAAGACACAAAAUUAUUCAACUACAAGAUCACACGAAAUAGUACUCGUGCUAUAAUUGAAUGUCAUAUUCUUUGGGGGGAGAUUGUUAUCGUAUAUUUUGCGCUAAACAUCGUGGGUAGUCUGCAAGCAAGUGGUAGCCUACAGUAACGUUAGCUAGCCGGUUAUUUUUGGACACUGACUGAUCUAGCAACAAGAGGUACCGGUAGUUGACAGCACGCACACGUUUUCCCAAUGGAUGUGUCAAAAUGUACCCGUCUGAGCGGUCCGUUGAUUAAGCAAAUGCUUAAUUCUGUGGACAGUGUCCUCUUCGACUGUGAUGGUGUUAUCUGGCGAGGGGAUCAGGUCAUCCUUGGCACCCCAGACGUUAUCAACCUGCUCAAGAAGAAUGGAAAGAAAGUGUUUUUCGUCACCAACAACAGCACUAAAACUAGAAAGAUGUAUGCAGACAAACUGGCAUUGAUGGGAUUCAACGCGACAGAGGAUGAUGUGUUUGGAACGGCGUACUGCUCAGCAAUGUACCUCAAAAAGGUCUCAAAACUACAGGGCAAAGUGUAUCUCAUAGGAAGCAAUGCGAUGAGGCAGGAACUAGAGAAGGUUGGGAUCCAGCAGACAGGUGUGGGGCCUGAUCAUAUAUCAGGUGUCCAGAUGGAUUGGCCCAACGUGCCCCUGGACCCUGAGGUGAAGGCUGUGGUUGUUGGGUUUGAUGAACACUUCAGUUACAGGAAACUGAACAGAGCCCUGCAGUACCUCAACAACCCUGACUGUCUACUAGUGGGAACCAACACUGACACCAGACUGCCCCUGGAAGGAGGCAAAGUUGUCCCAGGGACAGGCUGCAUCCUGAAGGCUGUGGAGAUCGCAGCCCAACGCCAGGCCCAGACUGUGGGCAAGCCCAACCACUUCAUGUACGACUGUGUGGCAAGCCAGUUCGGCCUGGACAGUGCCCGCUGCCUCAUGGUGGGGGACCGGCUGGACACGGACAUCCUUCUGGGGUCCAACUGUGGCCUGAAGACCCUGCUAACCCUGACCGGGGUAUCCACUGUGGCUGACGUUGAGGCCCAUCAGGAGAGUGGCUGUCCGGAGCGCCUGGCGAUGGUGCCUGACUACUAUGUGGAGAGUAUUGCAGAGCUCCUACCUGCUCUACAAGGAUAACCAGUCAGGUCUUAAUAGGUUUUUAUCUCAGUGAGACUUAAGCCUGGAUUGAUGAUCAUUCAAAUUGAUUAAUUAUAAAGGACUGUUAAGGACUGUGUGCGUAUGAAAUCCCUGUAUGUUUCCAGGUUAUGGAUGUGAAAAUUCAGGAAGGUACAGAGAAUCAAUCAACCGCUUCUAUAAUACUAAGACUGCGGAACACAAACUACACUGAACAAAUAAAUAUAUAUAUAUAUAUAUACUGACACAAAUGUCUCAAG